AAUGAUUGAAAUAAAAUUUAUAUUACAUAUAGGGUUAAAGACGCAUUUGGUCACUGAGAUUACAAAAUCGGGACAUGUUUAGUCACUAGAAAAAGUUAAUAUCAAAUUUGGUCACUACAAUUGCUAAAACUGGACGCAUUUAGUCACUUGCCGUUAGUCUCCUUCCAACUCCGUUAAUGAACUCUGUUAAGUGCUGAUGUGGCAAACAGAAUUGCCUAAUCAGCCGGAUAUAACCCAACAAAAAUAAAACCCGACCCGCCACGUCAUUAUAACCCGCCACGUCAUUAAAACCAACCCAACCCAACCCAUGACCUAACCCUUCUUCCUCCUUCCUCCCACCUCGGCACCUCCCACCUCCUUCUUUUCCCAAAACCUCCUUCUAUUUUCGCCUGGUUUGCGUUGGAAUUUCGAGCUCUUGGGGGUAUGAAGUUUUUGUAAGCAGAUUGGGAGAAGCUAGCGAGUGGGGAAGAAUUCUUGUUGUGUGUUGGGGACUUUCUUUUUUGGUUUAGUAAUGGUGUCUGGAAAUGACCCGAUGGAGCCUUUCUUCAAUUCAAUUCAAUUCAAUUCAAUUGGUGAGGGACGCUUUUACGCCCUUCGAGCUGGGAAUCCGAAAAGCUGCUAGAGAUCUUGAAAACUGCUGGGGGAGCGGCGGUUGGAAUAAUGAAAAGGGUUUUAUGCACGAAUUGAGUUGCGGGGAAGGUGGGAAUGGUGUUCACAGCAACGCACAGAUCCUUGCCGUGGAGAAGAAGAGUGCAUGUAAUGGUGGUUGUGGUGGUAUGGCUGAAGAGAGGAAGAAAGGUUUAUCCAUCAGAGUUCCUGUUAGAGCUGAGGUGGUGGGAGGAAGGAGGAGAGCGGCGUCGGCGGCGGUGGUUUUGGGGAAAGAAGGAGGUGGGAGGUGCCGAGGUGGGAGGAAGGAGGAAGAAGGGUUGGGUAGGGUUGGGUCAUGGGUUGGGUUGGUUUUAAUGACUUGGCGGGUCGGGUUUUAUUUUUGUUGGGUUAUAUCCGGCUGAUUAGGCAAUUCUGUUUGCCACAUCAGCACUUAACGGACUUCAUUAACAGAGUUGGACGGAGACUAACGGCGAGUGACUAAUGCGUCCAGUUUUAGUAAUUGUAGUGACCAAAUUUGAUAUUAACUUUUUCUAGUGACUAAACAUGUCCCGAUUUUGUAAUCUCAGUGACCAAAUGUGUCUUUAACCCAUUACAUAUAUCUAUUAAAAACAUAUUUUUCACAAAACAGAUCUACCUAACCUUCAUAACCCACCCAUCAUCUUUCUUCUUUCGUUCCUCUUCCUCUCUUCCCAUUCUCUUCUUCUCCCUCUUUAGAAGUCAGAUCGGGGGAUUUCUGAAAGCCGUUUUGAAGCUCGAUAAGGGUUUAUCAACCUUGGAAUUUGCAUAUGAGUUGGUGUCUCAUUCUUCCGCCCUCUAAUGGUUUGGUUCAAACGUAUUGUGUAGUUAAUUAGUUGGAACGUGGGAAUGGAAGACCAUUUGUCUCUCUAACUAUUAACUAACACGAAAGGACUCAAAUACAAAUUAUUCAAACAUAAUGGACCGAAACUUAACUAACAGACUGAAUUCAUAUUCUGCUCAUAUGCCACCAAUUCCCAAGUUCGAUUCCCCAACAUCAUCCACCCCUUAACUGAAAUCGUUUGUGUUAACUUUAACUCCAUCUUCACUUUGUUGCAUUGAAUUCUUCUGCAUCAUACACUCCAAGCUGGCUUCUCAGCAACUGAAAAGUCUCGAGCUUCAGUGUCUUCGUCAUCAUAACUGUAAUAUGUUCAUGAGUCCCACAAUGCUCCAUCUCAAUCACUCCCCCUUUGUAAGCUACCUGAAGAAAUGAACAUAUCAAUGUGAUUUGUCCUACCUUGGAGCACAUGAUUCUCUGUCAACUUUAUUAUUGAGCUCUAGAAUCAUUGUUGCAUCAGCUACACUGGAAUCGGCCCAUUUGUUCCAAAAUCCUUCUUAAGAUGUUGCAGCAAAUUCAGUUUCAAUUGCAGAAAGAACGACUUUUGGUUGUUUCUUUGAGGCACAAGAAAUAGAUAUCACUUGCUAGAAAAAACACAUAACCGCUAGCUCUCUUUCGAACGUUAAAAUCACCGCCAGUGUAGCUGGAUAGUCAUCAAUUUUCAUUCAUUUUUGGUACCAAAUUUCAUAACUUAUUAUGGCCUUUAGAUACCUUAGGAUCCUCUUAGCAACAAGCAUAUAUUGUCAAGCCUGGUAUCUCCAUAAACAUGCUAAGUAAACACAUUGAAUACAAUAUGUCAUCACUUGAAUAUCAUCUUCAACCUUAGACAUCUUUGCCCCAUAAACCAUGGGAUUCUUCACAAAAUUGCAUUCAAGCAAACUAAAAUUCUCAUGCACUUCUCUCAUGUAUGUAUGCUGAUUAAUGAAUAUGCUAGACUCACUUUGAUGCACCUCAAUUCCCAAAAAAUAAUAUUUCAUUCUUCUCAAUGUUAUUUCAAAUUCAGACUGUAUAGAUCUUUUAAACUCUUCAAUAAACACAAGACUGAUGUCAGUGUACAUUAAAUCAUCAACAUGAAGGCUGACCAAAAGAAUUUCACUCGCAGAUCACUUUAUGAACAAUGUAUGUUCAUGAUCACUUCUCUCGAAGCUAAGUUCCAUGAAAUAAGCUUCAAUUUUUGUG